GAGCUAACUGACUCUAAAACAGUAGAACUUGACUCCACAGAUGGUGUAGAUGUACUCCUAACAUCACUGGUAGAGCUAACUGACUCAACAACAGUAGAUGGUACUGUAGUGUUAAAACCAGCAUCAGAACUUGACUCCAUAAAUGCUAUAGAUGUGCCCACGACAUCAACAGUAGAGCUAACUGACCCUACAACACUAGUUGUUGUUCUAGUGGGAGCUGGCACAACAAGAGAUGUGGUUAAGAAAGAGUCGAUAUUUGAGCUCAGCAGUGUGGAACUUGAUUGCACAACUGCAGCACUACUAGUCACCAGAGUUGGUUCUAAGAUAGGUAUUGUGCUUGAUACUACAGUUGUUUGGGGGGUUGAAGCAACUCGGGUACUUGAAGAAUCUAUUGUGGAGCUUGAAAGUAGAGUUAAAGCUUGAGAUGUAGUUUCAGGCACAGGUGUACGGCUGGUACUUGCGGAACUUGAUUGCACAACUGCAGCACUACUAGUCACCGGAGUUGUUUGGGGGGUAGGGGUUGAAGCAACUUGGGUACUUGAAGAAUCUAUUGUGGAGCUUGAAGGUAGAGUUAAAGCUUGAGAUGUAGUUUCAGGCACAGGUGUACUUGCGGAACUUGAUUGCACAACUGCAGCACUACUAGUCACCGGAGUUGGUUCUAAGAUAGGUAUGGUGCUUGAUACUACAGUUGUUUGGGGGGUAGGGGUUGAAGCAACUCGGGUACUUGAAGAAUCUAUUGUGGAGCUUGAAGGUAGAGUUAAAGCUUGAGAUGUAGUUUCAGGCACAGGUGUACGGCUGGUCAACCCAAAGCUGCUAGUUUCCGUCACAGUUUCACUUGUUCCGACUAUAGAUGUAGUUGAACCUACACCUCCUGUGCUGCUUGACUCUAAGGGAGAAAUCGAAGGAACCAGCGACGA